GGGCCCGCGCCUCCGUGUCCAAGGACGCGCGCCGCCGACUUCCGGCCGGGAGAGCCGCGCCCAGGACCCCGACUCGGGAAUCCGGUUUCGCGCCGCCGCAGCCGACCCCGCCUCGGAGCCGCGGGCGCCCGGAGAUGAGCAACGAUGACUCCCUUAUGGCUGAGAUCAUUUACUACAGCCAGGAACAGUACUUCCGCCAUGUGCAGCGGGCCGCGGCCUUGGGCCUGGAAAAAUUCAGCAAUGACCCUGUCCUGCAGUUCUUUAAAACCUAUGGGAUCCUCAGGGAAGAGCACAUACAGGAUGCCAUCAGUAACCUGGAGAGCAUCCGGAAUCAUCCAGAUGUGUCCUUGUGCUCCAUCAUGGCCCUCAUUUAUGCUCACAAGCGCUGUGAAACCAUCGACCAAGAAGCCAUUCAGGAGCUUGAGAGCAGCCUGAAGGAAAUCCGCAAGACCGCCAGCACAACGGCCCUGUACUAUGCCGGCCUCUUCCUCUGGCUCAUAGGCCACUAUGACAAGGCCAGAGAGUACAUCGACUGCAACUUGAAGCUCUCCAACAACUCCAGAGAGGGCCUUGUGCUCCGAGGCUGGGUGGACCUCACCUCAGACAAGUCCCAUAUCAUGAAGAAAUCCACCAAGUUCCUGGAACAAGGAAUUCAGGAUGCGAAAGAUGUGCUGGGGCUGAUGGGAAAGGCAACAUACUUAAUGAUGCAGCAGAACUACUCAGGGGCCCUGGAGGUGGUGAACCAGAUCACCGUCACCUCAGGGAGCUUCCUGCCUGCCCUGAUCCUGAAGAUGCAGCUGUUCUUGGCACGGCAGGACUGGGAGCAGACAGUAGAAAUGGGACACAGAAUCCUAGAAAAAGACGACGGUAAUAUCGAUGCCUGCCAAAUUCUAGCAAUGCAUGAGCUUGCAAGAGAAGGAAAUAUGACUACAGCUGCCAAUCAUGUUAGAAAUCUGAUUAAAGCACUGGAGACAAGAGAGCCCCGAAAUCCAAGCCUCCAUCUUAAAAAAAUUCUUGUGGUUAGCAGGCUGUGUGGGAGGAACCAGGCGGUUCUACAGCUAGUGUGCAGCUUCAUCGAGCGCAUAUUCAUGGCCACAUCCUCCUAUGCCCAUGUGGCCACAGAGCUGGGCUACCUCUUCAUCCUGCAGGACCAAGUGAAGGAGGCAUCUUUGUGGUACUCGGAGGCCAUGAAAUUGGACGCGAACAGUGUGGCUGCCUUGACAGGGGUCACCUGGUGCCAGAUCCUGGAAGGUCACCUGGAGGAGGCUCAGCAGCAGCUGGAGUUCCUGAAGGAGGUGCAGCAGUCCCUUGGGAAGUCUGAGGUGCUGGUUUUCCUCCAGGCCCUCUUGGCAUCCAGGAAGCACAAGGAGGGGCAGAAGGCCACUGCCCUCCUGAAGGAGGCUGCAGAGCUGCACUUCUCCAGCAUGCAGGGCCUCCCCCUGGGCUGUGAGUACUUUGAAAAACUGGACCCCCUCUUCCUGGUAUGCAUCGCCAAGGAGUACUUGUUCUUCUGCCCCAAGCAGCCCCGGUCACCAGGCCAGAUCGUGUCUCAGCUUCUCAAACAAGUCACUGUGAUCCUGAAUCCUGUAGUCAAAGCAGCGCCAGCCCUGAUCGACCCCCUGUAUGUGAUGGCUCAGGUCAAGUACCUCUCAGGAGAGUUAGAGAAUGCCCAGAGUACCCUGCAGCGUUGCCUGGAGCUGGACCCCACCUACGUGGAUGCCCACCUCCUCAUGUCCCACAUCUACCUGGCGCAGGGCAAUUUUGCCAUGUGUUCCCACUGCUUAGAGCUGGGCGUCAGCCACAACUUCCAGGUGCGAGACCACCCCAUGUACCACUUCAUCAAGGCCAAGGCCCUCAACAAGUCUGGAGACCAUCCAGAAGCCAUAAAGACACUGAAAAUGAUCAUAAAACUACCAACUCGGAAGAUGGAAGAAGGCAAGAAGUUCCGUGGGCCCUCUGUACGGCCCAGCGAGCGGGUAUCCAUCUUACUGGAACUGGUGGAUGCCCUCCGGAUGAAUGGGGAGCUGCACGAGGCCACCAAGGUCAUGCAAGAUGCCAUCAAUGAGUUCAGUGGCACACCAGAGGAGAUCCGCAUCACCAUUGCCAACGUGGACUUGGCCCUGAGCAAGGGGAACGUGGACAUGGCACUGAGCAUGCUGAGGAACAUCACACCCAAGCAGCCCUGGUACACGGAAGCCAAGGAGAAGAUGGCCAAUAUCUACCUGCAGACCCGCAAAGACACCCGGCUCUACAUCAGCUGCUACCGGGAGCUCUGUGAACAUCUGCCUGGUCCCCACACCAGCCUGCUACUGGGUGAUGCUUUCAUGAACAUUCAGGAGCCUGAGAAGGCCCUGGAAGUUUAUGACGAGGCCUAUAGAAAGAACCCACAUGAUGCUUCCCUGGUCAGCAGGAUUGGGCAAGCCUAUGUGAAGACCCACCAGUACGCCAAGGCAAUUAAUUAUUAUGAGGCUGCCCAGAAGAUCAGUGGGCAGGACUUUCUGUGCUGUAGUCUGGCUGAAUUGCUCCUGAAGUUAAAGAAGUUCAACAAGGCAGAAAAAGUUUUGAAACAGGCACUGGAACAUGACUCUGUCAAAGACAUCCCAUCCAUGAUGAACGAUGUCAAGUACUUGCUCUUGCUGGCAAAGGUUUAUAAGAGUCAUAAAAAAGAAGAUGUUAUGGAAACUUUAAACAAGGCCAUGGACCUCCAGUCUCGGAUACUGAAGCGUGUUCCACUGGAGCAGCCAGAGAUGAUCCCCUCCCAGAAGCAACUGGCAGCCUCCAUCUGUGUCCAAUUUGGGGAGCACUAUCUGGCAGAGAAGCAGUUUGCCAAGGCAGCGCGGUCCUACAAGGAUGCCCUCGUCUACUCGCCCAUUGACAAUAAGGUGGUGCUGGAGCUGGCGAAGCUCUACAUGCUCCAGGGGCACCUGGACUUGUGUGAGCAGCACUGUGCCGUCAUCCUGCAGACCGAGAAGAACCACGAGUCUGCCUCAGUGAUGAUGGCCGAACUGAUGUUUAGAAAACAGAAAUACGAAGAUGCCAUCAAUCUCUACCAGCAAGUCCUGGAGAAAGCGCCAGACAAUUUUUUGGUAUUGAAUAAACUAAUUGAUCUGCUAUGGAGAAGUGGCAGACUUGAAGAUGCCCCUGCCUUCUUUGAAUUGGCCAAGAGGGUGUCCAGCCGCGUUCCUUUAGAGCCAGGCUUCAACUACUGCAGAGGCAUCUACUGCUGGCACAUCGGGCAACCCAACGACGCACUGAAGUUCCUAAACAAAGCGCGCAAGGACAGCACUUGGGGCCAGAGUGCCACCUACUACAUGGUGCAGAUCUGUCUGAACCCGGACAACGAGGUCGUGGGCGGAGAGGUUUUUGAGAACCUGGUGGCUGAGAGCAAGAGGGACGCGGAGCAGCAGGGCGUGCGCACGGCCGAGAAGCUGCUGCGGGAGUCGUACCCGCACUCGGCCGCGGGCCAGACCCAGCUGCGGCUGCUGCAGAGCCUCUGCCUGCUGGCCACCCGGGACAGGGCCAGCAUGGAGGCGGCGCUGCGCACCUUCGCCCAGAUGGUGCAGGCCGAGGACAGCGUCUCCGCCCUGGUGGCCGUGGCGCAGGCCUACGUGCUGCUGAACCAGGUCCCCAAGGCGCGCAUGCAGCUGAAGCGGCUGGCCAAGGCCCCGUGGGCGCUGGCCAAGGCCGAGGACCUGGAGAAGGGCUGGCUCCUGCUGGCUGACAUUUACUGCCAGGGCGGCAAAUUCGACCUGGCUUCGGAGCUGCUGCGGAGCUGCGUGCAGUACAACAAGUCCUGCUGCAAGGCCUAUGAGUACAUGGGCUUCAUCAUGGAGAAGGAGCAGUCCUACAAAGACGCAGCCACCAACUACGAACUGGCCUGGAAGUACAGUCAUCAUGCCAACCCCGCUAUUGGCUUCAAGCUCGCUUUCAACUACUUGAAGGACAAGAGAUUUGUGGAGGCCAUUGAAGUCUGCCACAAUGUCCUCAGAGAGCAUCCUAACUACCCCAAAAUCAGAGAAGAAAUUUUGGAAAAGGCCCGAGGGUCUCUGAGGCCAUAGCUGUGGUCAGUGGGAGUCAGGGCGGGUGGAAGCCAUCAACCUACGCAGGUUUCAUGGAAGGGUCAGGAAGUGGGUCAGUGGAGAAGAGAUUAAAAAAUGACAUAUUCUUACCCA